AUGGGCACUCCUCGAGUCAGUCGACCGACCGACUUGUCUGUCCCAGCGGGGGACGACUGCGACUGCGACUGCGGUGGAAACUGCGGAAGAGGACGAACGCGGUCCGGUCGAGGAGAUAGGAAGAGAUCCGGCGGGUUCUGGCCGCACACGCGCCCGGAGAGAGGGUCGGCGGAGCACGUGCAAAGUGUGGACUUGCGAGCCUUAUCACUGCUUCGCAGCAGCGUCACAUCGUCGUCGUCUCGUGACUCGAGGGUCGAGGCGACAUGGAGCAAUGCGGGGAUUUACCGGGUUCGUUGGAAAGACAGGGCAGUCUUUUCCUCGUAAAGCGUCACUCCGUGUGCCCAUGGUUGGUCACGGUGCGCUUUGCAUGCACUUUUCACGUCGAUCCAUUAGAUUAUGGCAUAUUGGGUGUGACCCUUGAGCGUACUUUUACUCUGUUUUCAGUGACGGCCCAACUUCUGUGAUAAGUCAUAACUGGUUGGAAUAAUUGGUCACAUCAUCAUUGGGUAGCCACGGACUUUUCUUAUUAGAAGAGACAAGUACCAAGUCAGUUUGGGGCUCUGGUCUUUAGGGAAACAAGAAACCAGCUCCGAGGAGGACGAUAGAGUCAAUAUCUCCACAAUUGGCCUGCAACUUAAUAGAUGUUUGUGCCGAGUUUGCUUGUGUGAAAGUUGACCUGGUUGUGUAAAUUGCAAGUACUGUAUGUCUUGCAUUGUGCUGAACCCAAUUAGAGUUGCAUCUCGAUCGUCUGGCUAUCAGUGUCGGAUUGAAAGUUUACGACCUUCCUAGUGCUUUACAAUCUGGAGGGGAUAUCUACGAGGAAGGGGAAAUGUAUUUUGUUUUCGUCACUGAAUGGUUACCUAUGCAGUUGUGACGGCACCGUAGAGCUGAAGAGUAUUCUUUGCUGCGAUUUUAGUGAUGGAAGCUCUGAUUCGCGGAAGUAGAAUGUGGUGUCUCAGACCUUUGUGACUCGUGUGUGAAGAAGAGUUACACGGUAGAUUAUGUUCAUCGAUGAAGAUGUUCAGAACUAUUAUUUAACCUUGAAAGGACCCUAGAAUAAUUCAGAAAUCCCAAACGACCUCGAAUACAGAACCUGUCAUGCUUACGUAUGAGUGGUCUUCAUUUCCAAACGUGCUAACUGGAAGGUAAACCAUUCAUCUUGCCAUGCAUUUGCUUGAAUACCAAGCACACCACAGGGUCGACGAACAUACGC